GCACUUCCUGUGUCCCCGGAAGUGGCGUGCGCUCCAGGCCCAGACCCUGCAGAGGCGGAAGUGGAGACGCCCAGAGCCCUCUCGCUUCGCCGCCGACUCCCAGCUCAGCCGCGCGCCUCGGCCCAUGGCCGCCUACCCCUACCGCCCGGGCCCCGGGGCCGCCCCCGGCCCAGCCGCGGGCGCGGCGCUGCCGGACCAGAGCUUCCUGUGGAACGUCUUCCAGAGGGUUGAUAAAGACAGGAGCGGCGUGAUAUCCGACAAUGAACUCCAGCAAGCACUCUCCAACGGCACCUGGACUCCAUUUAACCCUGUGACUGUCAGGUCAAUCAUAUCCAUGUUUGACCGAGAGAACAAGGCUGGCGUGAACUUCAGCGAGUUCACCGGCGUCUGGAAGUACAUCACAGACUGGCAGAACGUCUUCCGUACCUACGACAGGGACAAUUCCGGAAUGAUUGACAAGAACGAGCUCAAGCAAGCACUCUCAGGUUUUGGCACCGGUGCUGGGUGUGAGGAGAUGAGACAAAUCGGGGCCAGGACCUGCUGUCUCUUCCUGACUAAGUCAGGCAUUCUGUCUUCUACUCAGCUUGCAGGGCGGGGGCUCCUGGAUUUCAGUCACAGAUGCACAAAGCACGCUGACCACUCAGGAAGUUUGGCAGAUCUGCCCGGUGGGGCAGGAGUGGCCAGUGGCAGCUCUGCAGUGCGGAUGGUGACACACAAACGACUGCAUGAGCCUCUGCCCUGGGUGGCUCCUCAGCUUCCAGGAAGACACUCCAGCCGGGUAGUGGUCACCGCUGCCUGGCUGCGUGCAGAGCUACCGGCUGUCCGACCAGUUUCACGACAUCCUCAUCCGGAAAUUCGACAGACAAGGCCGGGGCCAGAUUGCCUUUGACGACUUCAUCCAGGGCUGCAUUGUCCUACAGAGGCUGACAGAUAUAUUCCGGCGCUAUGACACGGAUCAGGAUGGCUGGAUUCAGGUGUCAUACGAACAGUAUCUUUCUAUGGUCUUCAGCAUCGUAUAACACUGUCGUUUUGCAAACAGCAACGUGACGUACGGAGAAAAGACCGAAAAUGCCAAAUCCCUUUAACGAAAUGGAACACGGAUGCAGUAGACGUUGUUCUUCCUUUAGAUUUUGUAUAAUUAAUAUUUGGGGACCCCACUGUACAUAUGUGGAUAAGCUGAUUAACGAUUUUCCAAUCAUAACAAUAGUCAUAUCGUCAUUCAGAUACAAGCGUUGGAUUUGGGGCUGUUUGAUUGUGCCAUGAGGUAAGAUAUAAGAUAUACUUAUGUUCCUGUGUUCUGCAUGUAAAGAAUUCAUCAUGUGCUUUCCUAUAUGGCUUCAGUUCUGUAGUGGAAAUACUUUAUGAGCCAGUAGGAGUUUUAAAACAUACGGAACUUGCACAGAAGGCUUUUCGUGCCUUACUGUUUAAGAAGGGAUGUAUUGUAUUGACUCGAAUAUGCAAUGUAAGCACUGUGCCCCUUGUUCCAGUCCGUCUCAGACGCACUCGUGAGGCACCUCCGGAGGGCCCAGGACACAGCUCUGCUUGUGGAAACGUGUAGAUACCACCCAUCCUGUUACGGGAGUUUGUUUCAAUUUCAAAAAACUUCUUUGGACUUAAAAUCCAGAUGUGGUUUA